CCGAGAUCCAGCCAGGCCGGAAGCCCUAGUUCCACAGCUUCCAUAGACUGAACCAGCAGGCUACAGCACAGCCUCAGAUGGAAAUAUUGUAGGAUUUCACUCUAGCCACAUGGUUUAUUCAGAUUUUUAUUUUAAAUGGGCGUCGCACUUGGCCUUACUCCUUUCCACCCUGUGUUUUGUGAUUUUAUAAUUUAUUGUUAUGCAAGGAUUUAACAUACCAAAAAGAUGAUCGGGGGCUACGUUUUUGGCUGGGGAAGCCUGCGAUCGACUGAAUGCAACACAUAGAUCUGAGGGAAAGGAUUAUUAUAUGGGUUGCAUUUGAUUUUCCUGACCUGCCCUAUCCGGAUUUCGGAUUACUCAACAUUCUUCGGAAUGGAAGGACGAGAUUUUGCUGCUCCGGCUCACCUCCUAUCAGAGCGGGGCGCCCUGGUGCACCGAGCCGCCUCUCGGAUCGCUCCCUCGGGCCACGGCUCUGUACAGCACGGCGGUCACUUCACGCCGGGGAAAUAUUACCCCUCGCACAUACCAAUGGCUCCCCACUCAGGCAGUGGAUUGAUGGGCAAUUCCUCCGCCUCCUUCAUGGGGACCUUUCUGGCCAGUAGUCUUGGUUCCCCCCCUUCCCACCCGUCUCACCCUUCUCGGCCGCCCUCCUCGCCCUCCUCACCCUCCUUCCGGGGCGGACCCCACUCCAGCGCCUCACAAAUCUGGUUUCCCCAUUCGCAUGAAGCUCCAGGGUAUCCUCGAUUCUCAGGGAGUCUGGCCCACACGUUUCUUCCCAUGAGCCACUUGGAUCACCAUGCCAACAGCGGGGUUCUCUACGGGCAGCAUCGUUUCUAUGACACGCAAAAAGAGAAUUUUUAUCUGCGAGGUCUCCCGUCCCAGCCACCCCUCAUCUCAACCAAUCACAGUCUGCCACCGAUGUCCAGGGCAGGAUCAGGACACUCUCAGGGGUCCUGCAGCAGAGACAGAGAUCCAGGCGUCGGGACAGGUCUCCAUAAGGGCCUCAAAGACGGGUCAGUGGAGAGAGGAGUUGUACCUGCCAAGGAAAAGGAAAGGGCCAGUAGCAAGCAGGAGGCAAAGGAGAGACAGCAGCAGCAGCAGCAGCAGCAGCAGCAACAACAGCAACAGCACCACAGCCACCAGCCACCCCAGCCCACACACCACCACCAUUCCCUCUCCCAUCAGCAACACCCACACUAUCCACAGCACCCACUGCCUCUGGAGGAGGUCAACAGUCGGGCCCUGGAGAGGCAUAAGGCAUCUCUCACAAUGGAGUACAGCAAGGAACACCCUCAGAGUAUGGGCAAGCCCCUCAGUGCCUGCUUGCACAAUGGAAAGAUGCAAAACGGAGAUGCAGGAACUGGCGCAGGGACUAAGGCCGCAAUGUCCAGCUAUGGGGGGGAGGGCACAGCCCUUGUGGCUAUGGGAGGUGGGGGGAGUAGCCAGGGCAGACAUAUCGGUUCCAGUAGUAAUGGUCGCUGCACCAAGGAGGGGGUAAGUGGGGAGAUGAGGAUCAGUGAACAACCUUCAGACUGUCUGGAAAGGAGUCAGGCACAGCUCCACCACUCUAUUUCCUACUCCGUUCCCCCACCCUUACACAUGGGUUCUGCUGCUGGAGGGGCACACCCCCAUCCACAUCCUCAUGCUCACCCCCAUACACAUCCACACCCAGGGGGCUUCCACUGCCUUCAACUUCACCCCAGCCACCCACACCACCCACAUCAUUCCCACCACACACACCACCACCCAGACUUUUUCUGCCCGCCCCCUCCGGCUCCUUUAGCCAACCCUGCCUCACAUGACAGGGGGCCAGCCAAUGUGGGGCGAGAACCUAAAGUCACUGGGCCUACAUUUGUGCCAUCAGUGGCAGGCCUGGGGGACAAAUCCAGUGGUCCAUUCCAGCUUGGUAACCCCGAUUGCCACGGUGUGGUUGGUGGAGGGGGUGGCGGUAAUGCCAAGGAUAAGGUUAUAGAAAAGAAUGGAGGCAGUGGGCACCAUAGUAGUUGGCACAGAAAACAACAACAACAACAACAACAACAACAACAGCAGCAACAACAACAGCAACAACAACAGCAGCAGCACCCAUACAGAAAGACAGAGAAGGCUCCGGAUUGGAUGCAAUCCCACCACCAACAUCUUCAGCCCUCACAGCUUCCUCAACCUCCACAACUACAACAGCCUCCACAUCCCCAACAGCAGCACCAGGUUGUACGAUCACGCAGUGCGGAGUGUGUCAACAGUGUUGUGGACAUGGAUGUGUUCAGACCCUCACUGUCCCAGGGGCCCAAACCUGGACACUCAGUCCCACAUUCUGUCAAUACUUCUCCUUACAGAGACUGUUCCCAUCCAGGACCCCAACCUAACUCCUCACCCCUUGGAAGUAAAAGCAUGAGCCAACAUAGUGGAGCUGGAGCAGCCCAUGGCCAAGGUCCUGGAGUUAGCUGCUCCUUACAGAGAGAUGGUCAAAAGGUAGCGAGGAUACGCCACCAGCAGCAUGGCCGACCUGGUCCAGAUGCUCGUUCUCCUGCAGAGUUGAACCAGGGGACUAGUCAGGAACUUAAAAGAAAGAUGGACAUGUCUCCUUAUGGCUACAGCAACAACAGUGGGCAGCACCACCACCAGCAGCCCCCAGUGCCACCAUGGGCCAUGAGGCCUCCCCAACACAUUUCCCAACCUGAGGAGGAGCAGAGGAAGUCUUAUAUGGAGUUAGGGGUGACUGGUGCACAACAUUCCCAGCAGCAACAACAACAACAACAGCAGCCAGGAAUGCCACCUCCCCAGCCUCCCCCUGCACCUCCCCUCAGUCAGCAACAGCAGCAGCCGCAGCAGCAGCCGCAGCAGCAGCCGCAGCAACAACCUGAGCCCCAAGGCCCAACUCAGGGGGAGAGCAGUGCCAUGAAAAGCUUACUUAAGUAUAGCAACCAGCAGCAGCCACUGCUUCUCUCCCAGAAGAGCCCCUUUGGGGGCCUUGGAAGCCUCAAAUCAGGUGCUGCUGGAGGGAGCUGUGCCAUGCAGGGCAACAAACAAACUCUACCUUCCAGAAAGGGCCCAGCCAAUGACAAUGAGCGCUCGGACUACAGCGGGCGGGGCAGGGAUAUUGGAGACACAGGACAUGGGGAAAGCGAGGUGCGGCAACCGCCAGUAGGAAUUGCAGUGGCUGUGGCCAGACAAAGAGAGCCACCAUGUCGUUCAGCAGACGGUCAUCCAAACAGCCGACAGGGCAGGGUGCAUCCCUCAGUCAAAGGACCACCCCGCCCCAUGUAUCCCUCAGAUCCCACCGAAGAGGAGAGGAAAAGGAUGAGUGGGGAACAGUUGGGUUUGACGUGCUUGGAUAGAGAUAGAGAGGCAUAUAUCAGGGAUAAUAAGGAAAGGGUGGAGUUUGCAAGAAUCCACCCCUCCAACAGCUGUCAUGGAGACCUCACCUCUCAUCUCAUGGUCCCAGGAGGGACUUCCCUCCAGUCUGGCCAAUUAGGAGAUCCUGCUGCACAUUCUGCUCACCAUCACUGGAUGCCAAGAACUGGAAGCCCAUCCCUCUGGAUGGCAGGACACUCUUAUGCAGGAAUUGGUCAUACAGCCCUGCACCAGAAUCUACCCCCAGGUUUCUCUACAGCCAUGUCAGGCCCUCUGCAGCCAGUCCUGCCUCUGCCUCAGGACCCCUCUGCCCAGCUGGUGGUGCUGCCCUCUGAGCCUUCCAACCAUCCUGCGACACAUCACCUGGAUGUGAUGGAGCAGCCAGGGCUUUGGCCCCCUGUGUAUGGCGCCCGGGGCCCACCCUCCCACAUGCAGCAUCCUGCUGUGUACUCCCGAUCCCAGUUUCUACGGCAACAGGAGCUGUACGCUCUCCAACAGCACCAACAGCUCCAGCAUCAGCAUCAACAUCAGCACCAGAGCCACCAGUCGCAGCAACCACAACCACAGUCUCAAAACCAGCAGCAGCAGCAGCUGCAGCAGCAGCACAGAGCUGCGCAUGGCAUUGACAUUCAACAUCAUGCCUCUCAAAAUUCACAGAUGCAGAAAGGGCCGGAUGAGCCCUCCGUUGAACUACAGGAACUCAUUUCUGAACCCAGAACGUCCAAACCUGCCAAGCCCUACUCUUACAACGCACCUCGGAGGAACACCCCUCCCCCUGGGUCCUGUGCCACUCACCUGUCCCCUUGUUGCCAAUCCCCUUCACUACGGCCACAUCCCAGAAGCACUCCCUCUACACCCUGCCCUGCUCCCAGCCCUGUCGCAGCAGCCCCUCACUCGCCUGCCAUCAGCCCUGCCCCACACCAGAUACCCAAGGGGGCCGAAUCCCAGGAAAAGCGGGGAGAGGGACAGCCCCCACAGGACUACCCACAGUGUCUGGAGCCUGAUUUGCCCCCUGGAUACACCUACCCUGCAAUUUCCAUGGGCUACAGGAGCGGGCCCUCCCCCCAGGAUGUUCGACUGGCUGAGCCAGCUGAUCUGGAAUCAGUCCAAGUGGAGCCUGCUGAGCAUGCUCCCGAGUCUCUCUCAAGUCUGAGGGAUGAGCUAGAGUGCCAAGUGGUUGUCAGGCCCCUCCCAGGGCCACUCCCAUCCGAGAAAGUGGAGAAUGCAGAGGAGGAAAGAGUUGUUGAUAGAGUUCUGGAACAGCAGGAGGAGGAAGAGUUAGCAGCAGUGAGAGCAUCCAACUAUGUGCCUGGAGAGAGGGAGGUGGAGGAGCAGGGGCCCGCAGAGGAAGAAGUGCAGGUUUGCCCCCCUGCUAAGAGCCCGGUGUGCGAGGCUGCCUUGUGUCCAAUGCCGCUUUCAACAGAGGAGUCUGAAAGACCAGAAGUUGUCGUCACUUUUGAAGAGGAACAGGAUGAUGCAGUGGUUAUGGAGGAGGGCCAGGUCAACAGGACCAAAGAGCAGGAGCCAGAGCUGCCCGCCAUCAUCGAGCUCGACCCUGCUUCCCCUGCAGCUCAGCUUCACCCCUCUGCCAGUGAGGGAGCAGAGGACAGUGACCAGGAGCAAAAGACCAAGAUGACCCCUGAUGAUGCCACACUGGAUUAUGUGUCUCUUUCCCCUGCCUCAGUUUUUGCCCCAAGCCCAAACCAGGAACCUGUCACAAUGCCCACAAAACCUCUAGUCCCCUGUUACUGGAGUCUGGAAUUGCUGAUUGCAGCUGCCUUCUGCACAGAUGUACCUCCAUUUCCCUUGUUUCCUCAUAGCACCCCAUCAGUUGUCCCGUCAAAGCCCAACCCCCACCAGGGUAUGGAGCUCCUGAGUGAGCUGGCAGAUCUGGAGUUGCAACAGCAAAAGCGCGCCUGUGGAAAAAGCCAGGAAGAGGAGCUGCUGAUGUUUGACCUCCAGAGCCUUGCUACCCUGGCCACAGCCCGUGCACUGGAGAUGGGUUCUGAGGAAGUCAGCAGUUUGGGUUCAGGACGACACUUCCCCGCCCGCAGGAUACUGAAUUUACGUAGGAAAUGCAGCUGGACACCUCGCAAUGAACCAGUGUGCCCGGCCAAAGGUAGCAUGGAAACAAUGGAUGGUCCUGAGCUUGCAAUGCGUGUGAAGUUGGCUGAGCUACAGCGACGCUACAAAGACAAGCAAAAGGAGCUGGCCAAACUUCAGAGGAAGCACGAUCAUCAGAAGGAGGAAACACCCCGCAGCCCAGCCAGACGGGGACCGGGACGGCCAAGGAAGCGGAAACCUACCCCUACCUCAGGUCCAGUGUCCUCAUCGGAGGGCCAAAGAAAAGUCAAGUCGAUUGGGGCGGGGCUUGCCCUGUCGCCUGAGGACCUAGGAGGGGGCGGAGACAGCCAGAGACGGAAGAAGAGGCUGUCCAGUCGAGGCUUUGAGCGCCUCAGCAGCACACAGCAGAUAAAAGCACAGGGUUGCAGAAAAAGCAGUCUUCACAGCAUUCUCGGCUCCAAGCUGGCCGAUGAUGUGACUCAGCUCAAACAGAAAGCCCAGGGUAAAAAAAUUAUCUCAGGGACGGGCUCUAGGGAAAAGGAGAUUUCGCCUUGCAACUCCAACCCCAAGCAUGGACACAGAAGCCAGGGCUCAAGCAAACCUGAGUUCAGGCGAGAGUAUGGGGGACAAAGUGACACAGCAGCCAGUGUGGACAGUGGCCCCCAAGAUAUCUGGACUGGACUAGUGCGCCGUGGACGUAAAAAGGGAUCCACCACCCUGACACAGGGCUCCUCCCGUCCCAGGGCAAGGGUUCUCCGUGGCCAGAGGCAGGAGGCAAUGGAAGAGGGGGAGAGCAGCCCUGCAGAAAGUGACUCCUCUGAUCAAGACGACGAUGAAGAGGAAGGCAGUUAUGAUACUGACCAAGGUCAAGAGUACAGGGUCCAACACCCCAGAGAGGUCACUUCUUGCUCCUCCAUGACAGGUCCGAGUCCAUCAUCUGUUGUAAAACUAGAGGCCAACCAGAAAGCCAGGAACAAAAAACAAAGACAGGAGCUUUAUGGAUCCCAGAGUCUGUCUGGAGCAGAAGGUGAAGUCAAAAUAAGGAAAAAGCCGCCUCGUAGGGUGGGCCUGGUCUCUGCAGUCAAAAACCGGCACGAAGAUCAUCGGCCUGAAGGGGUCAGAAAGCCAUGUGGACCAAGGUCUAAGGAGCCUCGGUGGGGCAGCCUUGGGAGCAGAGGCAACCGCUACCGGAGGGGCAUGGGCCUGGCCACCUUCACGACCACAAGUGAGAGGCUAAAGAGGGCCACCCGAAAAAGCACAAUGUUGAGAGGAGCAAUCAAUAAGAGAAGAAAUUGCUGGUCAGUUGGGGCCACAUCUUCACAGACUGAGGACAGCAAGGGACGAUUGACCAAGGACCAGAAGCCAAAGGGGCGAGCUGUGAGUCGGCUGCUGGAGAGCUUUGCGGCCGAUGAGGGCUUUCAAAUGGAUGGCAGUAGCUUCUCAGAAGAAGACGAAGAGGACAGCAGCUGCUCUUACAGCAAAAAAUGCCCGGAAGUUCCCAACUGUGUCCUGACCAAAGAUCUCUUAACUGAUGGACUGAAGGUGCUGAUCUGCAAAGAGGAUGAGCUACUAUACGCUGCAAGGAUCCACACUCUGGAUCUCCCAGACAUCUUUAGCAUUGUUAUCUACGGUGAAAGAGGAAACCGCCCAAGAAUCUAUUCAUUGGAGCAGCUGCUACAGGAAGCUGUGCUGGACGUACGGCCAGAGUCGGAGGCUAUGCUCAGUGAAGGAACCAGGGUGUGCGCUUUCUGGAGCGAACGUUCACGCUGCUUAUACCCAGGCUACGUUCGCAGAGGUGGUUCAUCUGAUGAAGGGAAGCAAGGAGGAGUGAUGGUAGAGUUUGAUGAUGGAGACCGAGGCAAGAUUUCUCUCCCAAACAUCCGUCUCCUGCCUCGAGGAUACCAGAUUCGCUGUGGUGAGUCAUCCCCUGCCCUGCAAAUACCCAGUGAGACAAAAGUCAGGAGAAGUUCCAGUCUGGAGCAGGCCCCUGUCAGUGACAGACCUUCUGAUCGAUUCAACAUCAUCAAUACUUUAACAAACAGCCAAACUUUAACUGUUCACAAAAGGAGACCAGGGAGACCAAAGGGUUCUGGUAAAAAACAAAAGCAGCAGCAACAGCAGGCUGAGAAUGCCAAUAAAAAUCCUUCACCUUUCUUGGGUUGGCCUUUGUUGAGCAACAACAGGAAGAGGUCUUCCGACAACCUAUUUCAGCCUAAUGGUGCACCCAGGAAGGUCUUGAGAGGGACAGAAGAUGACUUCUUUCCCCUGUCUAGGACACAGCCAAUGUCCUCCACCCCAGCCAAAGGCCUUUUCAGCAGUAGCGCUUUUGAGGUGGACUCUUUCAGCAGCAUUGCAAAUGGCUACUCCUCUUUUUGUACUCAGUCUUCAGGGUCAGGUCCAGGUUUAUCUCAGGGCCCAAGAACUGGGCCAUAUGCCCAGAAGCGCAGGCAAGAUGACCUUGUGGUUCCAAGGAGCAGAAAGUCUGGACAAGAGUUCUUAGUCAAGUUAGAUCAUGAGGGAGUGACCUCCCCUAAGACAAAAAAUAGCAAAGCUCUACUGUUGCGAGGUGGAUCCUCUAGUGUGAGUGGUAUGCCCAGGACAGAGUCGUACUCUCACCCGGUGCUGCUGGUUAAAGACAACAAAAAGGGCGGUGCCUCCAAAGUAGAACUCCUCCUGAAAGAUACCACACCCCAAAGAAAGCCCUCUUAUUCUCUGCGUAUGGAUGAAUACGGCGACCUGGGUUUCAGCUCUCACAGAGAGUGUCACAGCUCCUACUCCGAUCUGGAUGAUGAUGAUGACGAUGACGAUGAGGAACAGAGGAGAGCUGCAGUAGCUGCAGCUUCAGGAGGACUAAGGACGGCUGGCCGCUUCCUGUCUCGCCUCUCUGUCUCCUCAUCGUCUUCUGGUUCUUCAAGCUCCUCUUCUUCAGGCUCUCUCUCUAGUUCCAGCCUGUGUUCCUCUGACAAUGAUUCCUCCUACAGCUCAGAGGAUGAAGACAGUUCUACAUUGAUGCUUCAGAGUUGUCUAUCUUCCCACCGGGGGCUCCUACAACCCUCUGAACCCUCAACUUCUUCAAGGUCGCACCAGCACUCCUUUGUGGCCAAAGCUGUGGCUGUUUCUAAUGUCAAAGGAGGCCCCCCUGACCAGGUCUCCAACAGCAAGUCCUUAAAGAGGAAAGAAUGCUCCAGCUCUACCUCUAAACCAUCAAAGGAUUUUGUAAAGAAACCUAGGAUGCUUCCGGAGGAAACCUCGUUUAUUCCAAGGCCCAAGAUGUCUGCGUUCCUUGCAGGACGACCAAUGUGGAGAUGGUCAGGAAACCCUACACAGCGGCGAGGUCUUAAGGGGAAGGCGAGGAAGCUUUUUUAUAAGGCCAUUGUGAGAGGCAGAGACACAGUAAGAGUGGGUGACUGUGCUGUUUUCCUCUCCGCUGGACGUCCCAACCUCCCAUAUGUAGGUCAAAUUGAGAACUUAUGGGAAUCUUGGACCUCUAACAUGGUGGUCAAAGUCAAGUGGUUUUACCACCCCGAAGAAACCAAGCUCGGCAAGCGGCAUCGAGAUGGCAAGCAUGCCCUGUACCAGUCGUGUCAUGAGGAUGAGAAUGACGUCCAGACAAUCUCUCACAAGUGCCAGGUAGUGAGCAGGGAGGAGUACGAGUGUCUGACUCACAAUCAGAAGCCGAACAGUACCUGCCCAGACCUAUACUACCUGGCUGGGACGUACGAUCCCACCGCUGGUCAAUUGGUAACUACUGAAGGAGUUUCAAUCCUGUGCUGAACCUCCGUGAGGACACUACUGAAGGACUCCUUUGGAGGAAGGAUACAAGCCCAUGACUUUACCAACAAGACCAUCCAGUCUGCGAAGACAACAAGGGUUUCUUGGGUAUGCCUUGUGGACCCAUGGAAAAAAGAUAUCAGGGCUGUCUGAGGUUACACACUGGAGUCUAUUGGCAUCUAACCUCUUCUUGGAAGUGAAGGGCUUGUCAAUAACUGGUUUAACCUUUCAUGAAGAAUAGAAGAAAGUCUGGGAAUCCCUGGACAUAACAAAAUUCAAUAUGUAAGGUUUUUAUCAUCUAACUAAUCGCUUUUUAAUGGAGCUAUGUGAUAGAAAGCUUCAGACAUGGUUUUAGGACUCAUGUUUCUAGCUCCUAUCAUGUGUAACCAAAGGAGGGCUGAGAGUGCAUUGAACUGUGAAAGUAUCAUGAGGCUGAGUAGUCUCUGCGGACCAAUUCUUAAAAAAGGAAGCCUUACCUAAGGGAAUGGAAACAAAAAUGAGGCAUAGGGCUUUACCUAGUCCUCUUCAUUCCAGGGAAGUUGAAAACAUGUAAAGGAUGUAAAGUUGAUGUCUGUAAAUAUUUAGAUUUUUUCCCAAUCAAGCCAUACACUUCAGUACCUCUCGCCUGUCUUAACUGUUCAGGUGUACAUUGUAUAGGUCAAUUAUUGUAUUGUUGUCUGUUGUCUAUAUGUAUAUAAAAGGUAUUUUAUAUAGGAGUUUAUUGUAUAUAUGAGAGGUAUCUUUCCAUGUUUGCGAUUGAUUUAUUUUUAUAUGGGUGUAGAAAACAUUACGUUGUUUUUCCUUAGCUUUGGGAAGUCAAGAUUGGAGAUGUUAGUGUUGCACUGCAUAUGCCCUGCUGAGACAGACAGAGCACAAACAAAGACAGAAGGAUUUAUUCUAUAACAGGACGAGACUCAAUUUCUGAGAGAGAGGGGUCAUCCUGUUUAAAAAAAAAAUAGGUCAAGUGGCUUUUUCGUAAAAGUGUUCUGUUACUUUUCAUUACUAUUGUCAUUUUAAUAAAACGUUUUUAUUUAUGCACCUCUCAGUUGGUCAUCAUCACAAGGCAGAUCCCACUGGACUGCAGUCACGGGUCAAAAAUUAUUUAAGAUAAAUGUUAUGAGUAUAAUAUUUUGACACAAUAUUUGUGUGUGAUGAGUGUCCUGGCAUCACUAUAAUCAUGUCCACACAAAUCAAUUUAGAACAAGGCCGGGUCUAUUAGUGAAAAUGUGUGAAAUUAACACAUAGUUUGUCACAUUAUGACCUACAGAAUACCAAAGUGUCUUUUUAAUAUCUUUAUUUCCUUUAUUUAAAUUUAACAUAUGUCAAGCACCUGUAUUGAACUCGAAUCAGAAAUCACUGGUAAAUUAUAGAAUACUUGUCCUCCACUAUGUACGUAUAUAUUGGCUUUGCAUUGUUACAAUGGUUUCUUGCACAUGUUCCUGCAGUUUUGUUUAGUGCAAACACGCAGCAAAAUGCCACCUGGGAAUGUGACGAUGAAGGUUAAGGUACUGACAAAGUAAGAUGUUGAGUACUGAGGAUGUGUUGGAAUUAGUCUUUUUUAGUUUCAUCAGCCAUCUGUGUCUAUUUUGUACAGUGCACGCAAAUACUCAAUGCUAACUGUGAAGGACAAUCAGAUUCACAAAGCAAUGGACAUAGAGUAGGUUCACUCAAUCUAAAAAUUACUUAUGUUUAUUUAAUUUGUGCCAAGUACAUUUUGUCUAUUUUUUGUCUUGUUUGAUAUGCAAUCCUGAGUAUUCUUUGUUGACAAAGUUUAAUUUUGUUCGCCAACAUUUUAUUUAUUGUCAUUGUUGCUGUUUGUUCAUGCCAAGAGCGCUUUAUAAGAAUGUGACAUUGUUUUUGUUGAUGUGAUGUCGCAUUUGCAUUUCUUAAAUAAAGCUGGUCUUGUAGAGGCCAUCUAGUGAAAAGAAAUAAAGCAACACUGGAUCUUCUCAUCCGGAAA